AUGACGUAUUGGUUCGUCCUCCAUCACGAUGCACUGACGCUGCACCCGCCUGGGCAUCCACAUCGUCGCACCACACUCAACAACCUUGCCUUUGCACUCAAAACCAGAUAUGACAAGUUGCAUCUAACGUCGCUCGGCGACCCGAAGCGCCAUGUAAAUCUUUUCAAUUUGAGCUCAGCGCUCUGCUCUCAUUUCAUGCACACUCAGAAGAAUGAUAUCGAGGAGGUCAUUAAUCUCUGCCCAGAAUCAUUGGCGGUUCUGUCUUCACUGCACUCGGGCAGAGAACUUCAGACUCGCAUCAAGACAUCCUACUCAAAAUUUUCCUUGGUAUAUCGGCAAGUCUAUUGACUGGGCUCACCAAGCCGAAGCCUAUCAUCAUGAAUUUGCC